AUGGUUGUUUUGUGGUUCAUUCCUGUCUUACCGCACGCCGCUGCUUUUUUGUUGUUGUUGUUUUAUUGCUUUUUAUGGUUGCCGUGUUUUUUGCACGCGAAAGGUGGAAGAGGUGGGUAUCUACAUAAAUAUAUAAAUAGAGAGAGGAACUGUCAGUGGUGGAGUCCUGUGAGAGGGCGGCUGGGAAUGGUGGCGGCGUUAGAUGAGGGCGCGUCGCGACGGUCUUGUAAUCGCGCUGUGGCAUCAGUGACGGCAGUAGAUACGGCACUCUUUGACUCCGCACUGAUUACGGGCGGACUGACAGCACGCAGGCCGCUGCCUUUUAGAGCAACGCCGCUUGUACGUUACGCAAACAUGUCGUCAUUAAUUCAGGAACAAUUAAAGCCCGACCCGCAUCGUGAGGCGCGUGAGGCGCUGCAUGCGCUUCAGAAGGUGCCUGUACCCCAUGACGAGUUUGCCCUUAUGGAUGACGCUACUCUGCGUUGCAUCUGUGCAUUUCUCGGGAAUUGUUCGAGGGAAUUGUUACAGAUUGGCUCCGUCUGUCGGCGCUUGCGCGAGCUUGUUAUUGCACUGACCCCACCAAACGCCACUGUUGUGCCUGAUAUGAUUCCGUUAGCUUCUCUUUCUAGUCACACCGCCGUGGACUCACUCUGCUCGUUUUUCGCCUCAUACAAGAGGGGACAGCUGGUAAAACAGUUGAACCUUGUGGACUCCAAGUACGCUUCGUCGCUGCCGGUCAGUACUUCCUUGCCGUUGUGUUCCCAUCAUGUGUAUCCCUCGCUGGUGAAGUCCCUGUUGUCGCUGAUGUAUCUAGACCUCCGUGGCGUUCAGUGGGACUGCAAUUCCAACCCGCAUAUCCCGCAGUAUUUCUUCAGUGAUCUUUACCUUGUUGCACCGAAGCUGCAAACACUCAAGAUUGGCGUGGAUCUUUUCUCGCAGUGGUCUCCCGGCUGGUGGCAGCGCCUCCCUGCAUUGGAGCAAAUUGUGGUGGGCUCCCGGCGUGACCAGGCCGCGGUUCCAGGCAGCGAACUGCGUCCUCCAUUAAAUAUUCACGAAGAGUUCUUUGACAUGUUACGCGCCCCGCGGCGACCGUGGCGAGUGAAGUUAUGGUGUCCACUGCAACUGAGCGCGCUUACCCGUCUUCUUCUCCCCGCGCAGGCAUUUCCUGAGCUGCGGGAGCUGACGGUGAACCUCUCCAACAUGAACGUUUUUGAGGAAUUCAGGCGGCCGACGAUAAAGUCGCCGCGGGAAAACCGGUCACGCAGAGGAACAAAGAACGUCACGGUGCACUCUGUAGAUGAGACAGUUGGUCGGUUUGUUUUUGUCUCCUUGCAGUCGUUGACACUGGCGAACGUGGAGCAGUGUGCGUCGCUGCCGGUGGAACUUAUUGCGCGUAUAUUGCCUUGUGCCCCGCGUCUCAGUUACUUCUCGGUGGUGAACACCGCCAGAGUGCCGCCGCCCCCGCCGCCGCCGUCAAAGUUGAGGCGGCGUGUGUGA